AUGGAUGCCAAUGUCCCUUUUGCUGAUGAUCCUGUUGUCGACCCUGUUGAUCCCUUGGCUGAGAUUCCUGCUGAUGUGCCCAUUGCUGAUCCUGUCAUUCCAGUUGAGGCUCCCAUUGAGGAGGCUCCUUUUGAUUUAUUUGGUGCUUACUCCUUCGAGUCUGUAGCGUCCGCUUCACCGCACGCCCAGGGCGCACAGCUCUAUUCCUCUGAUUCCGACUCAGACAUGGCGAUGUCGGCUGCGCCUCUCGUUUUCCUCGACGUUGACCCAGAGCCAGAGGUGGAGUUUUUGCCUGAUGAGCCUGCUCCUGUUGGUCCGGAGCCGGUCGUUUCUUAUGAUCCCAUUGAGGCCCCAGCUGUCGCACCUUUGCCAGACCCUUUACCUGAGCCUGGUCAUGUCGAUAUGCCUCACAUAUCACCACCUGUCAUUGUUGCACCCGUCGAGUUACCACUGAUUCCUGAUGCUCCUGUUAUUGAUGCACCCAUUGUUGCACUGGUAGUACCUGUUUCAGCCCCUGUGCAUGCUGACCAUGCACCGUUUGCUUCUCACAUUGAUCCUCGUUAUGCUGACACCCGUAACGGGUGGAUCAAGGAUGAUGACUACCCACCGUUUGUGCUACCCGUCACUCCUCCCGUAGCACCUGUUUCCGCACCUACUGAGAUUCCAUUAUUCCACCCACACACCUCUGACAUCCAUCGCACUGAUCUUCCCAUCACAUUCCUCCAGGACAUACCGCCACCUCGUCCUGGGGAGGGUUCAUCGAGGCAGCCGCCUGUUUUUGUUCCACCUGUACCAUCAUCACUUCCGUUCAUGUCCCAGUUCCCUCACACUGCACCAUCUUCCGUACCGUCGGGCGAGCCGUUUCUGUGGGCACCCAAUGUUAUGCCGUUGUAA